CAAGUAUCAAGGCUUUGAGCAUCCUGUCAUAUCUUCACAUUCAAACUGAGAGUAAAGUUGAACUUUCCAUAUGAGGCUGCCUAGCAAUUCGACAAAGUGGAAAUUAGAUCAAGCAAAGCUUGAGCCUUUCUAUGUUUUGGAGGUGCCUGCGCUGAAAUGGACUCUUCUAGUAGUUAUUGCGUUAUUCAUAGGCUUAAAUAUGCAAUGCUUGCAAUAUAAUCUCGUGGAAAAUAAGAUGGCAUGAACAUCUGUAAGGGGUGAUCAAGAGUGUGACAACCCAAAGCUUUAAGGAAAUAACAUGUUGCCUGCUUUUCUCCAAGACAUCACAGCAAUAGGGAUAUGGGUCUCUAUUUUUAGACACCAAUGUUCCGACCAUAAAUUAACAACUUGCUCCUAAAUGUGAUCUGAUAGUGUGCGUUGCACCUGAUCUAGAGUAGCCUACAUCGCUGGAGAACAUGGAAUGCCGUUUACCUUAUUCAUUUUCCUCAAGGGUUGCAAAGUGAUGAGAGGUUUGCCGUAUGCUCUCCUAGAAAGCGACAUGGGAGACAUAUAACUUUUGCACAAUGGAAUCCAGAACACUUUUAUCUGCUAAUAGAGGUCGCUACUCCUGUGAGACUUUAUGUCGUUUUUUUUGUCUUUGAAAUAUAAUUUCACAGCAAUUGUCUCUGUAAAUUACAAGUUCAGGAAAAGUGUGGACAAAAAUAACUCCGACUAAAUCCUUUCAAAAGAUAAUAAUUUCAUCCUUUCGAGAACAAAUCUCCUGGGCUUUUAUGGGAAUUAAACACUCCUCCCGCUGUAUGCUGCUCAGGGGGAAAAUGGCGGAGUCUGAGAGCACUGAGCAACAGCAGCAGCCACAGCCAAUCCGCAUCAUCCAAUCUCAGCGCGUGCAACCCACCUCGCUGCCCAAGCCUGUGCCCUCCGUCCACCAUGUCCCGCGGCCGCCCCAUACGCCCCACGCUGCCUCCCUGCCUAGCUGCCCUGGCCGGGGGAAGAUGGCCAAGUUCCUCAACCCUGAGGAGAUGACCUCCAGGGACUACUACUUUGACUCCUACGCCCACUUUGGAAUCCAUGAGGAGAUGCUGAAGGACGAAGUGAGGACGCUCACCUACAGGAACUCCAUGUACCACAACAAGCACGCCUUCAAGGACAAGAUCGUCCUUGACGUCGGCAGCGGGACCGGCAUCCUGUCCAUGUUUGCAGCCAAGGCGGGAGCCAAGCACGUGUACGGGAUUGAAUGUUCCAGUAUAUCGGAAUACUCUGAGAAAAUCAUUAAGUCUAACCACCUGGACAGUGUUAUUACUAUCUUCAGGGGCAAGGUGGAGGAGGUGGAGCUGCCAGUGGAGAAGGUUGACAUCAUCAUCUCAGAGUGGAUGGGCUACUGUCUCUUCUACGAGUCCAUGCUCAAUACCGUCAUCUUUGCAAGGGACAAGUGGCUGAAACCCGGCGGUCUGAUGUUUCCCGACCGUGCUGCGCUGUAUGUGGUGGCUAUCGAGGACAGGCAGUACAAAGACUUCAAAAUCCACUGGUGGGAGAAUGUGUAUGGCUUUGACAUGACCUGCAUCCGUAACGUGGCCAUGAAGGAGCCCCUGGUGGACAUAGUGGACCCCAAACAUGUGGUCACCAACUCUUGCCUGAUCAAGGAGGUGGACAUCUACACAGUGAAGACUGAGGACUUGUCCUUCACUUCAGCCUUCUGCCUUCAGAUCCAGAGGAACGACUACAUCCACGCCCUGGUCACCUACUUCAACAUUGAGUUCACCAAGUGUCACAAGAAAACUGGCUUCUCCACCGCCCCAGAUGCUCCGUUCACACACUGGAAACAGACAGUCUUCUACCUGGAGGACUACCUGACCGUAAAGAGGGGCGAGGAGAUCAUUGGCAGUAUUAACAUGAAGCCCAACGAGAAGAACAUACGUGACUUGGACUUCACCUUUGAGCUGGAUUUCAAAGGACAGAUAUGCGAGGCAGCCAUCUCCCACGACUACAAGAUGCGCUAGCUAGGUGUCCAAUAGGGUGAAGCCGGCGCGCAAUGCCGCCUGCAUUCCCACCAAUACACAGAGGGAAAGAAGAGGCACUCCUCUCGACAACAGACAAUAAUGAGGAUGGGGUGGAGGGAGGAGAGAAGUUCGGAUAGAGGUAGGAGAUGGAGGGAUGAGAGGGUGGGAUGCAGGAAUCAGCGAGGAGAUAGAAUUGAAUAUAUGAAGAAGGGAUGAGAGAGGAUGGAGAGAAAUGGAGGGAUUGGCUAGAUCAGAGGAGGCAGGUUAUGAUGAGAGAAGCUCAUCAGUGCAGGGGUGGCACUCCAAGCAAUAUCAACAUGCUCACAUUGACACCUCUAACUGGCACUUUACUGUUAGGCCAACUGUUCAGAGGACAACUUUGAACGUAAUACCUUAUGAAUUCAAGAAUGUUCUUGUCAUUAUGAAUGUUAUUGACUGAUCUACACUGUAUGUGAGAGGUGGCAACCAAUGUUAUCUUCUACAGCAAGUUUGGAGCCCAUAUGAUCAACUACUGUAUUUUUCAGGGACUUCACAUUUAUAUUGCAUAUAAUGAUAAUAUAUAUAUACAUCCUACAGCCAGUAGUUAUGAUUUUUCUUCAAAUAGGCUUUCCAAAUUACCCAAUUUUGCAUGUUUUUUAAUAAUCUUCAUAUCUGGUAAAAAGUACAGUAAUUGAAUAUAUCGGAAAUUCAGUACUGCAUACUGUAUUGUGUAAGGAUGUGAAUAUAUAUAUAAUGUGUAUUUGCAGUGAGGCGAUGUACUGUAGCUUUUUAGGUGGGUGCAAAAUAACAGUAUAAGAGCUCAGACAUUUGCACAGCUUGCACUCCAAAGUGGUGGUCUCUGGUUUCUGUUAGAGCUGUGAUGUCAACAUUGUAAUCAGUGUAGUCCGGGGCCCUUGUCUAGAUGCCUGCAAAAGCUCCUGGCUACAAAGCCUACAUUUCUCCAAUCCUCCCUAAAUCUAUUCUAUAGUGCUGUAUUUCUCCUACUAUAGAUAAUUAGGUAGUCACGAUUUUCAACAAUAACCAUGAUCUCUUAAGUUCUGUCAGAUGGUUGAUUUGGAGACACUGAAGCCACACCAGGGGAAGAUCUUAAUUCCAUAAUUCUCAUUUCUUCUUGCCUCGCCGAGAAUUAUGCAAUUGAGAUCGCUCCCAGGAAGUGGGGAGUGUGCUGCAGCAUUCAGUGGGCGGGGCCUCACAUCGUUACCAUUUUUUGCUCUGGCCCCACUGAUCUCAGGUCUGCAAUUGGCCUGUCCUCAGAUAGUCCCAUCCUUAGAUCAGUAGCAAAGAGUUCAUUCUGGCCUCUCUACUCGGCGCGUCAGUUGACAGCAGCUCCUUCCCUUAACCUGUGCUCUUACUAAGGUCGUCGCCAAGGCAACAACUGGAGGUGUCCUCCAGUCCAACUGUGACCUCCCCUCACAGUUGUGUAGUACUGUUACACCAGAGGUGUCAAACUCAUUCCACAGAGGGCCUAGUGUCUGCAGGUUUUUGGUUUUUCCUUUCAAUUAAGACCUAGACAACCAGGUGAGGGGAAUUACUUAAUUCAUCACUCAAAUAGAAAAGGUGGAGCGAAAACCUGCAGACGUUCGGCCCUCCGUGGAAUGAGUUUGACACGUGCGUUUACACCAUCCUUCCUUUCUAUCCGCAGCCAAGAUCCUCACUCCCAGUCCCCUCGCUCUCCCAUGCCUUUCUGUGAAGCUCAUCAGCACAGCACUUAUGACCGUUCAGAAGAUGUAGGACAUGCCAUGUAUGAAUAGACCAGCGGCUAGUAAUGAGUGAGUCACAUUUGAUGGAUGUACAAUCUGUUCAGUAAAGGGUCUGACUAUGUUCAGUUUCAUGUUGAGCGCUUACUUGUGAGAGCAUAGAUUUGUAUAGUAUUCUAUUGUAGAUGCUGUGCUAGAUGAAUAAUAAACUAAACCUGUAGAUAAACAAGUUGAUACUGGAUCAAAAGCAGUUAGUCUUUCUAACUUUAAUAAAAUCCAUUUAAUCAUUUUCAGUAGCAUGCAUAGAACACUUGUCUUUGGAAUUAAGUCAGUGAUUUAAGCUAACUUUAAGGUUUGGCCUUUAGCAGACCUAACACGACUAGUGUUAUUCCAGUUUACCACUCACGGCAUUCAGUUGUACUAAAACAACAUGGUUGCCACUAUUUCAUGUCAGCUACUGAAAUUGUGCUCAUAUAUAUAUAUAUAUAUAAGGCAUAUAAUGACAAUUCUGAGUUGAAAAAUAGUUAUAUUCAAGCUUUGUAUUGUAUUGUUAAUUUUACCUCCUGUCAUGUAACAGUCCCGUGUGGCUCAGUUAGUAGAGCAUGGUGUUUGCAACGCCAGGGUUUUGGGUUCGAUUCCCACGGGGGACCAGUACGGAACAAAAAAUGUA